GGAGGCGGCGGCUCCUCGUCAGCGGCCGCCGGCGGCUGGGACAGCUCGAGUCCCGGGGCCGGGCCUGGCGGGGGCGGGGGCGCGGGUCGGGGCCGGCACCCUGGGCACCUGAAGGGCAAGGACAUCGGCCUGUGGUACGCCAAGCGGCAGGGCAACAGGAGCAAGGAUCUGGAGCGCAAUGAGAGGGCAGUUGUGCAGAUGGAUGAAGCUCGAGAGGAACAUAUCACCCGAUUACUCAACUCUGUCCAGACACGGAGCGACUACAAAGAACAACGCUCCCCCGUGUCAGCCGACUCAAGCAGAAACUGGAGAAGUUCAAGUUCUUCCACUUCCACUUCCACUUCCACUUCCACUUCCAGUUCCACUUCCAUCAACAAAGAAGUUAAACCGGAGACAAACGCUAACCUGGAAUACCUCUUUGAAGCCAUUGCUCAGGAUGUCUUCUUGGAUGAGGAGCUGAAGGAAGACCUUGUGAAGAAGUCAACCAGUUCAAGAUACCUGGAGAUGAAGAAAUUUCGUGAAAAACUCCCCUCCUACUCCAUGAAGCGUGAACUGGUCGACCUGAUCAAAGCGAACCAGGUGGUUGUCAUCAGUGGAGAAACGGGUUGUGGGAAAACCACGCAGGUGACCCAGUUCAUUCUGGACGACUACAUCGAGAGAGGAGUGGGCUCUCUGUGCAGGGUUAUAUGCACCCAGCCUCGUCGGAUCAGCGCCAUCUCUAUCGCUGAGAGAGUGGCGUCAGAAAGAGCAGAGGCCUGUGGCGAUGGAAACAGUACUGGCUACCAGAUUCGGUUACAGAGUCGCAUCCCACGCAAACAAGGCUCCAUUUUGUAUUGCACCACCGGAAUUAUUCUCCAGUGGCUCCAAUCGGACACUCUUUUGUCUACCAUCAGUCACCUUGUUCUGGAUGAGGUUCACGAGAGGAGCUUACAGUCGGACAUACUGAUGACCAUUGUGAAGGACAUUCUGUCCUUCAGAUCGGAUUUAAAAGUGAUACUAAUGAGCGCAACUCUAAAUGCUGACCAAUUUUCAGAGUACUUCGGCAGCUGUCCCAUGCAGCACAUCCCAGGAUUUACCUUCCCAGUGAAAGAAUACAUUUUGGAGGAUGUAAUUGAAUUGCUUCACUAUAGUCCGCAAAACCAAGAAAUUCGAAGACCGUCCUCCAAGAGAAGGUUCAUGCAAGGCUGCAUGAUUCGACCGGAGAAAGAACGGGUGGAAGAGGAAUAUCAGGAGCAGUGGCCUGCAUACGUGAGAGAGUUGCAAGGAAGGUAUUCUGACAGUACAAUCGAGACCUUGGAAGUUCUGCAUGAUGAUGAUAAAAUAGAUCUUAAUCUGAUUGUAGCUCUUAUAAGGCACAUUGUUCUCUCUGAUCAGGAUGGAGCCAUUUUGGUGUUCCUUCCUGGCUGGGACAAUAUCAGCACCUUGAACGACCUUCUAACUGCACAAACCAUGUUUAAAUCAGAUCGUUUUGUGAUCAUUCCUCUACACUCUCUCAUGCCUUCGGUGAAUCAGACAGAGGUUUUCAAGAGGCCACCUCCAGGAGUUCGUAAAAUUGUAAUUGCCACUAACAUUGCAGAGACAAGUAUCACCAUAGAUGAUGUGGUCCACGUGAUAGAUGGAGGAAAGAUAAAAGAGACUCACUUCGACACCCAAAACAACAUCAGCACAAUGGCAGCAGAGUGGGUCAGCAAAGCUAAUGCCAAGCAAAGGAAGGGUCGAGCUGGAAGGGUACAACCGGGCGCCUGUUACCACUUGUACAAUGGAUUGCGAGAGAGCCUUCUAGAUGACUAUCAGUUACCUGAAAUCAUGAGGACACCACUUGAAGAACUUUGCCUGCAAAUCAAGAUUUUGCACCUUGGUCAAAUUGCCGAAUUCCUGGGAAAGGCAAUGCAGCCUCCAUCAAAGGAAGCCAUUAAUCUGUCCGUGACCCACCUUAAAGAGUUGAACGCCUUGGACAGGGAUGAAGAGCUGACAGCACUCGGUGUCCAUUUAGCCCGUCUGCCAGUUGAGCCCCACAUUGGGAAAAUGAUCCUGUUUGGGGCGUUGUUGUGCUGCUUGGAUCCCGUCCUCACCAUCGCCGCCAGUCUCAGCUUCAAGGAUCCAUUUGUAAUCCCAUUGGGUAAAGAGAAAGUGGCAGAUGCAAAACGUCGAGAGUUGUCCAAGCAAACCCGCAGCGACCAUCUUACUGUCGUUAACGCGUUUAAGGGCUGGGAAGAAGCUAAAAGACGAGGAUUCAGAUCGGAGCGGGAUUACUGCUGGGAGAAUUUCCUUUCACCAAACAAUCUUCAGAUGCUUCACAACAUGAAAGGGCAGUUUGCUGAACACCUGCUGGUAGCUGGCUUUGUAAGCAGCAGGAAUCCCAAAGAUCCCAAGGCCAACAUAAACUCAGAGAACGAGAAGCUGAUUAAAGCUGUGGUCUGUGCCGGCUUGUAUCCCAAGGUGGCAAAAAUCCGGCCGAGUUUCAGCAAGAAGCGGAAAAUGGCAAAGGUCUUCACCAAGUCUGAUGGCCGAGUGAACAUUCAUCCAAAGUCGGUGAAUGCAGAGGAAGGGGAUUUCCAGCACAGCUGGCUCAUCUACCACCUGAAGAUGCGUACAAGCAGUAUCUACCUGUAUGAUUGCACUGAGGUGUCCCCGUACUCUCUCCUCUUCUUUGGAGGUGAUAUCUCGAUAAAGAAAGAGCAGGACCAAGAAACCAUUGCUGUCGAUGAGUGGAUUGUAUUCCAGUCGCCAUCCCGAAUAGCCCAUUUAGUAAAGGACUUGAAAAAGGAACUUGAUGCCCUUCUACAAGAGAAGAUAAAGAAGCCCCGUCCUGUGGAUUGGAACAACCGCUCGAAAGACUGUGCUGUCCUGUCAGCGAUCAUAGACUUGAUAACCACGCAAGAUAGCGCAAGCGCAAAGAACUACACGCCUCGAUUCCAGAGUUACUGAAGCUGUGAUCCCUGCGAAUGGAUUCUGGAGAGGCUGAUCCUGAAACAGUGUUUCAUAUCUCGCAAGUGCUGAGAUGUUUUGUGUCGUUAACCCCUUUUUUUUGGCUAUCUUGAAAAGAUGUUUGGAAAAAUAUCCCCUGGAGACUGCGACGGCCAGAAUGCAUAGAAUAAAAUGCCUGGUGUGUUAAGAAGUGUAAUUGCCUUCGAGUAGAGGUUAGGGCAUUUUGAGAUUCGGGAGGUUAGGUGAGAAGGUAGAGCGGUAGAUCUCUUCACUAAUUGUGUCUGAAUAUGUAGAGAAGGUGCAGAGCUUUUCCAUUCCAAUCAGAGUCUGAAAGCAUUCCCCAUCCCACCGGUUAGUCUUCACCUUUAGAAUAAAACUAGCGGCUCUAACAACAUCGAAACCAAGGCAAGGCUUAGUAGUGUGUGGGCUCAUGUAGGGGCCCCGACCAAAAAUCAUAAACCCAGGACAUUAACCCAUUUGUACAGAUGUCGGCAGGUUAGUUAAUGUUGGACCAUCUGUAUCUCCAUUGUUCUUUCAUCUCCACAUACAUUUUUGUGUGAUUAGAUAAUACAGAAAUGGUUCAGCAGA